AUGCGGCUCGGUGAUAGCCCCUGCCUGGAGUGGUACAACGGAAAUCAAUACUGGUUUGAGGUCGGACCCACGGACUUGUUCGAACGCAAGGGCUCCCUGACCCUCCGGUCCUAUCACAAGAAAUAUUCGAAGCCUGUGUUGGUGCAUUCCUGGCAACAUGACAGAGAAGCUUUUCCCAAAGAUUAUGAUAUAGAGGGUCCUGAUAAAAUAAAAAGGCUGUGUGCUUCAACAUAUUGUCGAUUUGGAACUGAGGAACCUCCAAUUUGGAUAUCAGAAACACACGAAGAGAUGGCACAAGGUUUUUCAAACAAAAACUUCGUUGAAAUAAAGAGCAAGCCCUUAUUAAAUGAGGAAACAAUGUGCUCUGGGAUUAUUGAGAGGGAUACAGGGUUGCCUGCAACAGAUUUUGGGGCUCUUUUUACCAGACAUCCACCAGAUUGGAACAAAAUGUAUACAAUGACAACAUACGCUGAAGAUUAUGUUCCACCACAUGAUUAUCCACCACGUAUUCCUCUCUGUCAAGAUGAUUACUCAAUAGUCCACAGAAAAUGCCGUUCACAGUUCACAGACCUAGAUGGUUCCAAAAGAUUUGGCAUCCACACUUGGCAUGAUGAGAGUGGGAUUUAUGCAAAUUCAGAUGUAAAACAAAAACUCUACUCAUUGACCGUUAGUCCUAUUGUACCCUUUUUAAAAUAA